UCACUCAAUUCCCGCCGUUUGAUAGCCCUGAAACCCUCUCAACUCCAACCGACCAAGAGAUAAACCUCCGAUGACAAGCUUUGAAUUCAAAGCCUCAAGCCUGAAACUCUGAAAGAAGAUCAAAGAGCAGAGAAAUGCUUGUGAGCAUAGCUCAAGAGCUCCGGCCCUCCUCCUCUGCAUUCGUCUCUACCCUCUGCUCCUCAAACGCUUACCCCACUAACCCAUUCCUCCCCCUUCCCAUGCGCUCCUCCCUCUCCUUUAUCCGCUCCCUCUCUCUCUCCCUCUCCUACCACCACCGCCGCGGCUACCACCUUAGCUCUAUAUUCGCCCCAGCUUUCUGUUCUUCCCCAAAGUCCCGGAAGCUCAUUUCUCUCCGUGCCUUGUCUCGCAGCACUUCCGUCGAACACUUGGCGUGCGAGGUGUCACGGCCCGAAACCGAGGAGGUUUGGAAUUUUAGUAACAACGGUGAUGGGGAGGCCGCUUUUGAUUUUGAUAAGAAUGUUGGGUCUCUGGAUUUGAAGCGCUUGGAGGCGCCGGCUCUGGACGUGAAGGAGCUGGGGGACCUGCCGGAGCAGUGGAGGCGGUCGAAGCUGGCGUGGCUGUGUAAGGAGCUGCCGGCGCAUAAGGGUGGGACGCUCGUUCGGAUACUCAAUGCGCAGCGUAAGUGGGUGAGGCAGGAGGACGCCACGUAUGUUGCCGUGCAUUGUAUGCGGAUUCGCGAGAAUGAAACUGGCUUUAAGGUGUACAAAUGGAUGAUGCAACAACACUGGUAUCAGUUUGAUUUUGCACUUGCUACCAAGUUAGCUGAUUACAUGGGCAAGGAGCGAAAGUUCUCAAAAUGUCGGGAGAUAUUUGAUGACAUAAUCAAUCAGGGACGCGUGCCUUGUGAAUCUACAUUCCAUGUAUUGAUUAUUGCCUAUCUUAGUGCACCAAUCCAAGGUUGCUUGGAGGAAGCUUGUAGCAUUUACAAUCGUAUGAUUCAGUUGGGAGGUUACCAGCCCCAACUUAGCUUGCACAAUAGCCUCUUCAGAGCACUUGUAAGCAAACCGGGAGCCUCUUCAAAGCAUUAUCUUAAACAAGCUGAGUUUAUUUUUCACAAUUUGCUUACAAGUGGACUGGAGAUACAUAAGGAUAUCUAUGGUGGCCUUAUUUGGCUACAUAGCUAUCAGGACACCAUAGAUAAGGAGAGGAUUGCUUCGUUAAAGAAGGAAAUGGGAGAUGCAGGAAUUGAGGAGGGCAGAGAGGUGCUUUUGUCCAUCUUGAGAGCUUGUUCGAAGGAGGGCGAUGUGGAGGAAGCAGAACGAACUUGGCUCAAACUCCUUCGUUUUGACGGUGGUAUCCCACAUCUAGCUUUUGUGUAUAAAAUGGAAGUCUAUGCAAAGGUUGGAGAACCUAUGAAAUCUUUGGAGAUAUUCAGGGAGAUGCAGGAAAAAUUGAGUUCGACCAGCGUUGCAGCUUAUCAUGAAAUCAUACAUGUUUUAUGUAAGGCUCAAGAAGUGGAACUUGCGGAGUCCCUUAUGAUAGAAUUCAUAAACAGUAAUUUGAAGCCUCUUACACCAUCUUAUAUUGAUAUGAUGAACUUGUACUUCAACUUGAGUCUACAUGAUAAAUUAGAGUUAGCCUUCUCCCAGUGCCAUGAGAAAUGCCGACCCAAUUGUACCAUGUACAGUAUAUACCUGGAUUCUUUGGUGACAGUUGGUAAUCUUGACAAAGCUGAGGAGAUCUUUAAUCAAAUGCGGAGUAUAGGGGCAAUCGGUGUUAACUCUAGAUCGUGCAACACCAUUUUACGUGGAUACUUGUCUUCUGGAGAUUAUUUGAAGGCAGAGAAGAUAUAUGAUCUGAUGUGCCAGAAGAAAUACAAAAUUGAUUCUCCGUUGAUAGAAAAGCUUGAUUAUGUCCUGAGUUUGAGUAGGCAACAUGUUAAGAAACCAGUAAGCAUGAAGCUAAGUAAAGAACAACGAGAGAUUUUGGUGGGUUUGCUGUUAGGUGGUUUGCGGAUUGAAUCAGAUGAAGGAAGGAAGAAUCAUAUGCUUCGGUUUGAAUUCAGGGAGAAUUCCCGCAUACAUUCUGUUUUGAAGAGACAUAUACAUGACCAGUACCAUGAAUGGUUACAUCCAUCUUGUAAGCCAAGUGAAGGCGCUGAUGAUAUACCAUGUAGAUUUUGUACCAUCUCACAUUCUUAUUUUGGUUUUUAUGCGGACCAGUUUUGGCCAAAAGGCAGGCCUGUGAUCCCAAAGCUAAUCCACCGGUGGCUAUCACCACGUGUUCUUGCAUACUGGUAUAUGUAUGGGGGCUACAGAACUUCUUCGGGGGAUAUUUUGUUGAGGCUAAAAGGAAAUCAUGAGGGUGUUGAGAAGGUUGCCAAAGCAUUGAAGGCAAAGUCCUUAGAUUGCAGGAUGAAGAGGAAGGGAAGUGUGUUUUGGAUAGGUUUCCUGGGAAGCAAUUCCUUGUGGUUCUGGAAACUGGUUGAACCUUACGUUUUAGAUGAUAUGAAAGAUUUUCUGAAAGCAGGUGUUGCAACCUCAGAAAACAGUUCAGUGGAAACUCAGGACAUUAAUUAUGAAAGUGGGUCUGAAUCUGAUCAAAUGGCCUCUAAUCACAGGGAUGAUGAUUCAUAGGGCCUGUAUACUUGGUUGUGAUGUGGUAUAUUUCUGCCUUGGACGGUUUUGUUCUCAGGCUGCUAAUGAUGCAAAAUCUGGCUUCUGCCAGAUACUCUUACAUGGAAUUGGAGGCUACCUUAAAUGAUUCAUGGUAUGAUCCUGGGCAACUUCCAUUGUUGUACAUAUCAAAUGCAUAGAGAUGAAGUGAACUUAUUAUCUAAUUAAGCUAGUGGAAAGAAAUUAUCCGUCUUAUUAA